UGUUAGCUUUAACAUGCUAUUGAAGUUGUCUGGUUAAGCUAAUAUAAUUUAAAAAAUGGGGACCAUGCAACCCGAAUCUUUAUUGAUGGGUGCUGGAUCUUCCAUGGCCGUCACUUCGCAUUGGAAAUCGAAUGAGAUGCUCAACUGGUCUGUGGUUACCCAGGGAAACGCCACAGCGCUUGGUGAUAUGGAGAUGCCUGCGAACCCGCGUUCGCAUUAUGGACAAUUCUCUCCGUCUACCUCGGUGUUCUUGGCCGUGCUCAUGACGCUUCUGGUCUUCGCCACUGUGCUAGGCAACGCACUUGUAAUAUUAGCCUUUGUGGUGGAGAAAAGUUUGCGAACUCAAGGGAACUUUUUCUUUUUUAAUUUGGCCAUUGCCGACUUACUCGUUGGAGGCUUUUGCAUUCCUGCGUAUAUCCCCUAUGUCAUUACCGGCGAGUGGAGACUCGGACGAGGUCUGUGCAAGAUAUGGCUGGUGGUGGACUAUACUUUGUGCACAGCAUCAGUGUUCAACAUCGUCCUGAUCAGCUUCGACAGAUUUAUAUCUGUCACCCGAGCGGUGAGCUACAGGUGUCAGAAAGGUGUGACCCGGGAGGCUGUUCUGAAGAUGAUGAGUGUGUGGCUGGCUGCUUUCRUACUCUAUGGGCCAGCGAUCAUUAUCUGGGAGUACAURGCUGGUAGUAGCGUGGUGCCCGACAAACAGUGCCACGCAGAGUUUUACUUCAACUGGUAUUUCUUGAUGACAGCAUCCACCGUUGAGUUUUUCACCCCAUUUGUUACUGUCAUGUACUUCAACAUCAGCAUCUACAUCAACAUCAGGAGGCGGAACCAGGUGAGGGAUGAGCAGCCUGUCGAGGGGCCUGGGGACAGUGAGAUGGAGGCCCUGAAAGCUGGAGUUCAGCAUGUAUUCUUCGUCAGACCAGUGGAAGGUGAAGCUCCAAGGAUCCCAAACAAUGCUGCCAGGUUAGGAGGUAUUCUAUCUACUGCUAAAGUGUCAGCAGUAACUGGGAACAGCAACCAUGAGACAAGUAAGGACCGCAGUAUUCUGGACCUUCCUCCACUGCAAGUGGGCGAUAUGGUCCAGCAUUCCAGGACGCGGUUCCAGGCUGCGGAGCACUCGUUCAGUAAACAGCGCAGCCGGUCUGAAGUAACUGCCAGUCGUUUCCGUCUCUCAAAGGACAAGAAGAUUGCCAAGUCCCUGGCAGUGAUUGUGUGUGUAUUUGGCCUGUGCUGGGCUCCCUACACACUGUUAAUGAUCAUCCGUGCAGCGUGUCAUGCCCAAUGUGUCCAGCACUACCUGUAUGAAAUCUCUUUCUGGCUACUGUGGGUCAACUCCUCCAUCAACCCUGUCCUUUACCCGCUGUGUCACACCAGCUUCAGAAAGGCUUUCAGAAAACUGCUUUGUACCACCAAGAUUAAAAUUCAGCCACAGUAUAUGGAACAAAUAUAUUGAGCAUGACCAAUUUGCACUGACAACUAUGGCCUUGCUCUGACAGUUUUACAUAAUCAGUUGUCUCAUGAUGUCAACGUAGGUGGACAGGUCGUAUUGAGUGUUGCACAACACUGGGUACAGAUGGUCACCAUGAAUAUUGUUUUGUAUUUCGUGUGUAGCAUGUGCGUGUUUGCAGAUCUUACAACAUGUAUUAGUUAUUUUAGAACACAUGUAAUGUCUGUUUUACGUUGAACAAUAAAUACAUGCAGCCGCUCACCUCCACUAUGUUUAUUAUCUACUUUGGACACCAGGCACCAGCGUUCAAAACCUUGUGUAACACAGAGUAUGUUAGCCUUUAUAUAGUAUAGGCACCAAAUCUUAGCUCAAUGACAAAGAAAAACAUGUCGCCAGCUGUGAAAAUGAUUCCUUUGGCCACCAACGAGAGCCUGUCUCCAUUGAACAGUCACCUAGCAACGGAUGACAGAACACUGGAUAACAGCAGACAGUAGAUAGCUAAUUGGACCUCAUUUUAAGCAUGAGUCACAACACAACAUUGACCAUACUGAAUGGUAGAAAACACAACCAAAAUAGUGUUUCUAAAAAUAUAACCUUAAUAAUAACCUUGUCUGUCUUUCAUAAUAGCACCCAGUGAGCCAUUCUGUAAACAAACGCAAAUCUCCCCUCAUUUGCACUUCCGUGCCACGACUCAAUACUAAUUCAAAACUACAGGCUA